AUGGGGCGUCCUAGUGAAUGGAUAGGAGACGCACAAGAUAACCCAGAGUACGCCGCCGAAACCUCUGUUGAGCAGGACGAUGAAGGCCAUCUGUUCCCUCCAUAUACACUCCCAAAUGAGUCGGGUGGGCCGAUAUUGUGUGAGCCUACACCGUCUGCGUUGCAAUCCUUAUCCGGGCAUCGACACUCGAACAUCUUAGAUUCACGUGAGGCUAGGCAGCUACGCUCGACUACAAUACCCCUCGAACCAGGGUUUAUGGUGCCUGAUAAUGGUACUCCUGUAUCGCAAGGAUUUCAAAGUUACCUAGGUGACGUGGGCUGCAUGCAAAUUUUCAGUAGCGACAAUGCAGAUAGCCCUACAACAGGCAGCUUGCCAAUGGAGCGGCGUAAUAGCCUGGACGAAAUCCCAUACGAGCUCAUGCAAAGCUAUCUCGAGACCUAUUUCAAGUACAUAUACCUAUGGUGCCCCGUCUUGGACAAGCAGAUGCUUCGAGAACGCCCAAGUACUCUAUCCUCACCUUUGUUAAAACACGCGCUAGCUCUUUGCGGCGUCCGACUUCAGCCUCCGCUUAUCGCCCUCACCUCUUGUCUGGAUCACUAUAGACGCGCAAAGGGUCUUUUCUAUACUAACUACCCGGAGAAUCCCAUUUCGCAAAUAUCUGCCGUCAUGCUGUUCCACUGGUACAGUCUCAGUCCGCCCAAUUUGGUCACCAAGGACAGCAAUUGGUGGUGGAUCGGGACAACAGUUCGCCUGGCUCAACAAAUUGGACUACACCGAGAACCAAUAGCGGCCCAACCAGCUUAUACAGGGGAGACGCCAGCACUCAGACACAGGAUAUGGUGGACCUUGUUUGUGAAAGAUCGCAUUGCAGCGCUAGCCCAAGGGUUGCCGCUUAUCAUCGAUAAGGGCUAUUGCGAUAUCAAGAUGGCUACAGUGGACGACUUCCCAGAUCCGGAGCACAUUUCUGCAACUAUUUUCGUCCAAUGGGUUCACUUUUGGGAUAUUGCCGGACGCAUUACUAAAGAACUGCUUCUGAAAAAGGAUGCUCAGAGCAAGGCACUCCUAGCCCGCGAACUGAUUGACUGGGCACAGAACUUACCAAGCGCUCUACAACUGCCGGUCGGCGACCAUUCGGUGCUGGAUUUCAACCGAGACGUGUAUUAUCUCCAUCUUGGAUAUCUUACAGUUGUUGUUGUCCUCCACUUCAGCAAGGGCCAAGGAACAAUACCGAGGGCAUCUAUACCCGCAAUCGCGGCAGCCUCGUGGAUCGCAGCAAUCUUCCGAGCAUACCUCAGCCGUGGAUCUGUCCAGUACCUAGGCUGUGAGGCCGUCUGGUACUGCACUGUUGCCAUCUUAGCUCUCCUACGAGCUCGUCAGAUCGAGGCAUUGACUUGCGACGCCGACGCCGACUUUGGCACGCUCAGGCUUGCUUUGAGAGAACUGUCCAGAUGGUCUCUUACCGGCAGGAUGUUCAACCUCGGCCUUGAGAGAUUAUUUAAAGAGGAACCUUUCCCGUCCGGUUGUAGCUCUCCCGCUCAUCAUGACAUCCGGGAUUUCCCCAGAAGACCCGGUCAGAGUGCUAGGACUGACGACACACGGUGGAUGGAUUAUUUUCCCAACAUCACCGCCCAAACGAGUCCGCUGAUUGCUGGUCUAAUCCUCAACGACUGCAUCAGUGUGCCGUUCCCACGGGGGGAGUGGCCUGAUGACGUGACAACGCAUCUCCAAGACCUCUUUAGGGAUAUAGAUGGCUGGAGUAGGUAG